CAUUGACUUCCACCAUGAGAGUACGAGCAGCCUCCAGUCUUCUCUCCAUUUUCAUUUUGGCGCAAUUUUCUCCAACCCAAGUCAAUGCUUGUUUUGGGCUCCUCUCACAGUUGACCGGGGCUGCAGCCCCUGCCACCCCGACUGGACCUACUUCGCCUGUUACCGUCAAUUUAUAUGCUGCAUCCUGCGCCCAACCCACCCCCCCUGCACCUAGUGAACCUGAGCCAAGCCGCCAACCGGACUAUUGUUGUCCACCUUCAUACGAGUAUUGUCCACCCCCAUGUUGUCCACCUUCAUACGAGUAUUGUCCACCCCCAUGUUGUCCACCUUCAUACGAGUAUUGUCCACCCCCAUGUUGUCCACCCCCAUGUUGUCCACCCCCAUGUUGUCCACCCCCAUGUUGUCCACCCCCAUGUUGUCCACCCCCACCUUGUCCACCUUCAUGCUAUCCACCCCCAUGUUGUCCACCCCCACCUUGUCCACCUUCAUAUUGUCCACCACCUUGUUGUCCACCACCAUGUUGUCCACCCCCACCUUGUCCACCUUCAUAUUGUCCACCACCAUGUUGUCCACCCCCAUGUUGUCCACCCCCACCUUGUAAACCUUCAUGCUAUCCACCCCCAUGUUGUCCACCUCCAUGUUGCUGCGAUCCUUGUUGUAAUGACUAUUGUUGCUGA